CUUUCUCGGACUCUCCGCCGUGCCACCCACCACCUCUCUCGUCGCAAACCCGCUGCAAACGUGGUGCAGACGAGCAACACGGCGUCCACCAUUUCAGCACCCCACCCACCUCUUCUGCUCCUCCCCGCUGCAUCUGUCGUUCUUGGAGGAAUGACGGAUGCUCUCCUUUUUCCCCGAUAAUUUUUAAUGUCGCUGGAGGCGCGACGACGCGAGACUGUGGGCAAGCGGAAUGCCUUGACCGAGCGUCGUCGGUCGCUUCGUUCCACCAAGCGCACCCUUCGCAAUGUCACCCACCUAAUCGCGAAGAAUGGCCCGCUCUCCAACCUCAUCAACUGCCAUUACACCGCCGAACACUCUCCGCCGCCUGAUGCAGACGAAUCCACCUGGCUGGAAAAAAGUGACAUCUCCAAUGGUCUGCAUUUCGAUGACACCUCGCUGCCCUACCCACCCACACCAGUCGAUGAUGAUGCGACACACACAUCAAAACCUCUAAACCCCUCCCUGAAGUCUGUCAAACAAGUCCAGGAGACCAUUGAGCCCACCGUCGCCGCCCUGGAAGAUGACAUCGCCGCGACCCCAGACCCAACUUCAUCUUCCGCGCCCGCAACGAGAUCCCGCGCAUCAAGGACUACCCCAGCAGUGCCAGACAGCGAGGAAGAUGAAGCGCAACCCGUGACUUAUGCGCAGAAGGCCCGGGAUGAGUCUGACGGCCCUGCGGCCACACCGGCCGUGCUGGCCCCACCUCAACCCGAGGAGGAGGCCGAGUUUUCGGCCGACACUCAACGACUGUUAGACACACAGAGUCCUCAAAGACCUGCCAAGGUCGUUCACUUGCCCCCGGAGGAUGUGCAGCGCGAGCGGUCACGGGAAUUGGAGGAGCAUCGGAGGAGACGGUCCGAGGAAGACACGCAGACCAAGCACACGCGAAGCCAUGUUCACGCGCAAACCGAACUCGCAUCCUCACCUUCCUCGACUGUUGGCCCGUAUUCCGCUGCUACACCCAUGCCGCCGCAAGACUCACCUGAUACUUCACCCGAUUCCGAGACCGGCGACAACCUGGAGGUACUACCCCCGCCCGAACUGCGACCAUCGCCAGACGAGCAACGAGAAAAGGAAGAGCAUGAUCGACUUCUCGCUGCGCAGAAGGCUAUCGCACAUCGAGCAGCGCUGGGUGAUCUAUCCACCCCCGACGAUCAGCUCAGGUUUGAAGAACGUCAAGCUUCGGCACGUGAGGCGGAGGAAAGGGCGGCACGAGAGGAUCGCAACGGUCCAGAACCCGAUGGCAUCAACGGGGAGGAUGAGACGCAGGCAGAGAGCGUGAUGGAGGGCGUUGAACGCGAUCGCAACGAGGCGCAACCUGAUUCCGACGACACGAACAAUGAACAACAGCGAGAGUCGGGGACUGGCGCAAAGGAAGGAACGAAAGGAGUGAGAGACGACGGCGAUAACAUUACCGUCACACCUCGUAUGAAAUCGGCCCUUCACGCCGACCCGACGCAACAGAAUGCCACCGAUGCAUCUCGCCAAGACAACCAAGCCGAGCAAGCACGGAUGAGAACAAGGACGUCUUCUGGCGUACUUCAGAAGCGCAGCGUGUCGGAAAUUCUGGGACAAACGCCUUCUCGUCGAGACCUUCUGUCAUCCGCCACAGCUACGCCCAUGAACUCUCGCCUUCCCCAGGGGAGUCCUACUGCCACUCCGUCUCAUCUGUCGAUGUCAAUUCCGGAGCGACCAGCGAGACAUACCGAGCAAGCACGUACCCUGCUCGAUGAGCUGAAUGCUCUCAAAGGGGCAUCGGAAGACCCCGACCGAGACUAUCUCGAACCUCUGUUUCGCAUUCAGGCCCAUGAUUCACCCAACAACCGUACGACAUCCCUCGCAGAUCUUACCCGUGCCUCGACCAAGACGCUGUCCACCGAGGAUCACUUUGCGCAUUUGCAGGAGCGUGUAGAUUACCGCAUUCUGCGACGUAUCUACCAGCUUCAGAAUGCCAACAAGUGGUCUUUACGGCAGAUGCAGCGAUGCAAAGAGCCUGACCAGCCCGUGACGCACCACGACCACAUGAUGGUCGAGAUGCAGUGGAUGCGAAAAGACUUUCGAGCUGAGAGGAAGAUGAAGAAGAGCAUCUGUGCGUGGCUUGCACAGCGGUGUGCUGAUUGGGUGGCAGCUUCUUCCGAAGAGAGGAUGCUGCUGCAAGUGAAAGUCAAGCCAGCACGAACGGUGACCGAUGACCGUGAUGAUGUGCCGGCGCCAGAGCUCGAGCAGGCCGAUGACUCCGCUGCGGACGAUGCUGGACCACCCACGCCGCCAAAUGAACUCAGUCUUCCAGCGAACCUCGUCGUGGCGCCGGAGCUGACUGAUGCUGUGUCCGCCCUGCAGCAAGAUGGCAAACUGGGCCAAGCACUGCGGAAUGUACCUGUCGCAGACCUGUCCUCCCUUGCGCCUCCUGCAUGGCCGAGGAUGUCGGUGACAUUGGCCUCCAAAUAUAUCGACGCAAAGGUGCUGCCGGACACGCACGGUUGUAACCGAAAACGUAGCCGGUUUGAGUACGACGAUGAUGCCGAGAUGCUGGAGUUCGGAGUCGUGGCCAAACGUGCUCGUGAAGAGCGGAGCCAACGACCAGAGGACGAGGAGAGCGCGCUCUUCCAUCCGGACAACAAACCGAUCCGUGAUCGACUGCACGCGAACAAUGCGUUCCGGCCGCCUUCGGAGUUCGUCAUGCCGUCCACUCAAUUCUACGAGUUCCGUAACGGAUCUCAGUGGUUGAAGGAAGACGACGACAAGUUGAAGAGAUUGGCGAAGGAUUAUGCGUUCAACUGGUCCUUGAUCGCCGAUGAGCUGCAACUUUACGGAGUGUUCAAGAGCUCGUCAGAGCGGCGGACGCCGUGGGAGUGCUUCGAGCGCUGGGUCGAGCUGGAACAGCUGCCGGCGGAGAUGAAGAAGACUAUCUACUUCAAGACCUGGUACCAGAGACUGGAGCAAAGCCAGCAGGCCGCUGAGCGACGAUACCAGGCCCAAGUAGCAGCUUUGCAGGCUGCGUCGAAUGGCCAAGCCAGUCACAUACCUAUGCGUCGACGAACGGUUCCCUCGCGGGUUGAGAAACGGAAGAACACCCGCUACAUAUGGAUGACGGAUGCGAUGCGCAAGCUCGCUCGGAAGAAGGAACAGCAGGCAUUCAAGCAAGCGGAAGCCCACCGAGCAGCUGCACAACGCAAAGCGCAAGCCGAGAACAAUCAACCUCGUUCAAAGAUUCCGUCGCCGCGAGAGUUCAGCGACAAGCGAUAUGAAAAGGACGUGCAGGAUGCGGAGAAGAUGCGCAAGCAGAGACAGCAGAUGUUGGAGAACCAGCAACGUCAACUCUUGGCAGCACGACAAGCUGCGAUGCAGCAACAGGGUUUGUUGCAGGGUCAGUCAAACCAGCCGCGCCCUGGCAGCUCGGCCAAUAUGCCCGCCGCCCAGCAGGCGCAGAUGCAAGCGAACGGGCAACAGCAAGCACAGAUGAACGGGCAAAUCUCGCAACAGGCAAGACAGCAAGCCCUGCAGAUGGCGGCUCGCAAUGCUCAUCUCGCGGCACCACAAAUGAAUGCCCAGGGCGUUCAACAAGCACAGAUGCGAGGCAACGGUCAAAUGCCCAAUGCUCAAGACAUGCAACGAAUCGCCCAAGCGAAUGCGCAGGCUCGGAACGCACAAUACGGCGGGGGCCAACAGCAAUAUCAAAUGCCCAGUGCCAACAUGAUGAGCCCUGGCGGAGGAGGGAUGGCCGCUCAGCAGAUGAAUCCCAACAACCAAGCGAUGCUGGCGAACAUGCAGCAGCAGAUGCACAACGCUGGGCAGCAGGGCGGCAACCAACAGAUGUCGGGGUCGCCGAUCAUGCCUCCGCCCCCCACGCGUCACAGCAACAGCGGCAGCAAUCCCCCACAAUCUCUCUCCUCGGGACACGUGCCGAAUAUCAUCAGCAUCCGGGCUCAUCUGCGGAGCAUGUACCCACAUUACACCGACGAGCAGAUCGAUGCCAAAGCGACCGAUGCGCUCAAACUCCACUCGCAAUCGUCGAGUCAAGCGCGUCAAACAGCCAUGAACGCCGCGGCGGGCAUCAGCCCUAGUAUGGGAGCGCACUCGAACAUGCAAGCCUACGGCCACAUCCAGGCAGCAUAUCAGAACAACCAGAUAGCGAACGGAGGAGCCAACUUCAUGGGCGCCGGCGGUGGAGAUCCCACGGGCCAACAAGCACAGCCAAACGGCAUGCCUCCCGCCGCCAGCCCCAGCCCGCAGCAAUACGCCGCCCUGAUGCGACAACGCCAAAUGGCGCAGAUGCGCAUGCAGCAGUCGCCCAACGGCUCCCACGCCAGUCUCAACGGCAGUCCGAACAUCGCCGUUGCCAGCCCUAACAUGGCGCCCGUCAGUCCCAACAUGCAAUUCUCGAACAUGAAUCAGAUGCCGUCGAUGAACAACAUGGGCGGCGCUGCUGGUGCAAUGACGCCGCAGCAGCGCCCUCCGAGCCGCAGCAACACGCCGCAGAUUCAGCGCGUGGGCUCGUCGGGGAACAUGUCUACUGGGGGGAUGGCGAGUCCACAGGCUGCCAACGCGGGGUUGCAGGGGAGUCCGAGGAAUAUGCAGGCUAGUGUGGCGCGGUAGGAUUGAGCUGCGCGAGAGUUGAGAGCUACUUGGGUGCGUAGGGGUAUGUACACCAGAGAGAAGAAAGGAAUUCUUGCAUCAGCUUGGUGCGUUUCCAGGCAGGGAGCAGUACACGCUUAGCUCGAGCAAGGCGAAAGAGCAAAGGGAUUGAUCAUCUUCAUUGGAGCCGUCGACAUCAAGUUAGCUGUACCAACAACAACACCCUUGGCAACAAGCAAUCCAUCCUCUACUCAACAAAAACC